AUGCGGGGCCGUCUUCGACAUCGCUUCUUGGCUCUCGCCCUCGGGAUCGCCUUGCACAGCUGCCCUGUUGGCUUCCUCGGCUACAAAGGCGAGACGCCGUUCAGGCAGUGCAGUCAAAGCAGACGUGUGGUACUCCGUGCUUCUUUCGACCAACAAAGGGCUGCCAAGCAAGAGCUCUUGGAUGCCGUGAAGGAUUUCAAACGUGAGCUGAGCAAGAGCGGUGGCGACUUGAGUAUAGACUUCGGGGUGAAGGGCGGCGAGCUCGACAAAAAGGAUCGAGCGCCAAAGAACUUAGCUGCUGCAGGGGUCUUCCGUGCCGUCUCGGGAGAUCUUGGAGAUGCUGCAGAUCGCGUUCUCGAACUGGCGGACUUGCUUGCCCGGUAUACGCCCAACAAAGAGCCACUGAAGCACUUUGGAACGUCACUGGGAUCGGAGUGUGCGUUGCAUGGAGCUUGGAGCUUGCUGUUCACGACAGCCGCCGAUGCAACAUUCACGAAGAACAGCACUCGGGGUGCCGCCAAAGUGUGCAACGUCGUGGAUGCAGUGGCCGGCACGGUAACGAACUGCAUCGACUUUGAAGAAACCUCAGCUCUUGAGAGCCUUCGAGUACGACUGACUGCGCGUCCAGCUAGCCCAAGGCGCUUGGACCUGGCCUUCAGAUAUAUACGUGCCCGAGUGAAAAGCUUCUUCGGCAUCCCGCUGGGCGGCCGGCGACUAACGCUGACGCUGCCGGUACCUGGUCCAUUCCUGACACGAGUCUUAUCUUUCUUUACCAGGAAGCCGCCGCCACAACCGUACUUCGAUCUCCUGUACUUGGAUGACACCCUGCGUGUACAUAGAACAGGCCAGGGUAACCUUUUCAUACAAGAGAUCACGAAGCCGCCGCCUUUCGUUUAA